GCACUGAACUUUACAAAAACCCUAACACAGCCAUAGUCGCCAUUUUACCCGCCGUGAGCACAGAAAAGCUCUAACAACUCUAUUCUCUUCUCACUUCUACAAUUUCAAGAGAUGGGUGAGGAAGUUAAGGGAGCUGUUCCAGUUCCAGAGUCAGUAUUGAAGAAGCAAAAAAGGAGUGAGGAAUGGGCCCUUGCAAAGACACAAGAGCUUGUAGCUGCAAAGAAGAAAAGUGCUGAGAACCGGAAAUUGAUCUACAACAGAGCUAAGCAGUAUGCUAAGGAGUACGACCAGCAGGAAAAGGAGUUGAUCCAUUUGAAGCGUGAGGCCAGAUUGAAGGGUGGUUUCUAUGUUGACCCUGAGGCAAAGCUGUUGUUUAUCACUAGAAUCCGUGGGAUUAACGCUAUGCCUCCACAGACCAAAAAGAUAUUGCAGCUUCUUCGGUUGAGACAGAUCUUUAACGGUGUCUUUUUGAAAGUCAACAAAGCCACAGUGAACAUGCUUCAUAGGGUUGAACCUUAUGUCACCUAUGGUUAUCCUAACCUAAAAAGUAUUAGAGAAUUGAUCUACAAGAGAGGUUAUGGGAAAGUUGACAAGCAGAGAAUUGCUCUAACUGACAACUCGGUCAUCGAGCAGGUAUUGGGCAAGUAUGGAAUUAUCUGCAUGGAAGACCUAGUCCAUGAGAUCAUGACCGUGGGACCCCAUUUCAAGCAGGCCAACAACUUCCUAUGGCCAUUCCAGCUUAAGGCACCUUUGGGUGGACUGAAGAAGAAAAGGAAUCACUAUGUUGAAGGAGGUGAUGCUGGUAACCGUGAGAAUUUUAUCAAUGAACUUAUUAGGAGGAUGAACUAAGAGAGUUGGGAAAUUUUGCUGUGUUAGUAGUGAACUUAAUCUCUCAUCUUUUUAAGACCUUUUUGGGGUAUUGAAGUGAUAAACAAUUUCAGAUUUUCUGCCUUCAUUUGAGAUUGCUUAGAGUUAUGACAGUAUACGACAAUGAUGAUGGUUUUUCCGCAGGGAACAUAUCUAUGUCAAAUUGUUAUCUUUAUUUAUAUUUUUUUUAUUUCUUGUGC